AUGGCAACUAUCGCAAAAACAAUUGUGGCUACGGGCGCUACUUCAGGCUUGGGAUUCGAAUUAGUUAAGCAACUUCUUGCACAAACGCAGCCAUACAAAUUCAUUCUCGGAGCCAGGGACACGAAAACAGCCCAAGCCACAUUCGAUAGACUCGAAUAUGACAACAGCAAACACAGCUUAACUAUCUUCCCGUUAGAGCUGUCGAAUCUCAAAACCGUCAAGACUUUCUCACAGCAAGCCUUGGAUAAAGUUGGACAAGACAAGAUUGACUACUUGAUGCUCAAUGCAGCAAUUAGCAAGAAUUCUGAGCAACCCGGUCCGCAUGGUUCUAAAUGGAGUGAGCCCUAUAUUGUGAACCACCUGUCCCAACACUACCUCAUUCAUCUACUUCGAGAGAAGUUAGAAGCAUCGAAGUCGCGCAUCGUAGUCAUCUCCUCCGGUGCCGUUUGCCUCGUAAAAGACCCUAAAUUUCUUGAGCAUGAUCUCACGGGUGGUUCGAAGACGGACCGUAGUGUAUACGGUGCUACAAAGUUCGUUCAGCUACUAGGAGCCCACUGGUGGCGCCGUCAACUUCAAGGCAAAUGCCACGUCGUCGCUGUGUCGCCCGGCUUAGUACCUGGUACCGGCCUCAUAAGGGGCAGUGAUCAAUUCAAACUUCCCAUAAACCAUCCAGAUGCAAAGAGCGUUCCAGAAGGCGCCCAAAGUAUGUACCGUGCAUUUAUAAGGGACGACUUCCCGGAAGACCCCGACCAGAUCUUCUUGACGAGCUGGGGUGAAUGGUGGCCUAAGGAUGUCUAUGGACUCACUCUUGACAAAGACCUCCAGGAUAAAUGGUCUCCUAGUAAAGACGAGAUUGAGAAGGAAGAGGGUCUGACCGCCUAA